UAGCACAUCCAUCGGUCAGCCCGUCCCUUUGCUAAGCGUUUGCCAUGUCGUGCGCAUAAUGCUUGCCCGGUCCAGGUGGGUGUUGACCCGGCCUGAUGGCUUGAUUUAAAUAAUCCUCUGCUCCCUCCAAUCUCCGUCGUUCUACUCGAUGCGCCCAGCCGUCUCCCUGCCCUCUCGCUUCUACCAAGCUGACCACCUUUCUUAGCUUCCCUGGGCAUUUUGGUUUACCAGUUGAAAAGACUCGAUUGGUUAUACCUGCCAGUCAUCCCGCUCGUCUGCUUGGCCUUUGCCUAAGCCACUUCUUCUUUCUGUCCCCCUUAUCCAUAUCUCACUUAUCUCCCUUCCCCCUCCCUUAGACCCAUUAUUUCCUUUCAGCGCCCGUGACUUGCGCUGCUCCUUUCCUUGGCUUGUGGUCCGUCGUCGGCUCUUGAUCUUCGCGUGGACCCUUGCUGGACGCAUCUAUGGAGAAGGACGUGAUUGAGCCCAAGGCUCAGCCCUCGGUGUCGGCUGACACGCCUCCGCCGCCAACCUACGGCGAAACGGAGAUCACCCGCGGAAACGUUGGCCGUCGGAUAUGGGAUAGUUUUAAGAGAGACCCAAAUGCUCAUGUCUCUCAUGGCUCGUCCGGUGCGGACGGAAAGUCCUUCGAUAUCGAAAAUGCGGCGGAACAAACCGCUGCCUCCCCGCUGCAGCGCAGCCUCAAGUCUCGCCAUCUACAGAUGAUCGCCAUUGGUGGUUCGAUUGGUACGGGUCUCUUCGUUGGUUCCGGAAAAGUGCUCGCCACCGGUGGUCCAGCAUCACUUCUUAUCGCCUACGCCUUGAUCGGUUGCAUGCUUUAUUGCACAGUGCAUGCUCUAGGUGAGAUGUCAGUCAUCUUCCCGGUUGCCGGUUCCUUCGCCCACUUCUCAACUCGUUUCAUCGACCCUGCCUGGGGCUUCGCCAUGGGCUGGAACUAUGCGCUGCAAUGGCUUGUGGUUCUGCCUCUGGAGAUCGUUGCUGCGUCCAUAACAGUCGACUACUGGGAGUCCAGUAUUUCCAACGCAGCUUGGGUGGCUAUCUUCUGGGCUGUCAUUGUGUCCAUCAACUUGUUUGGUGUCAAGGGUUACGGUGAAGCCGAGUUUGUCUUCUCUCUGAUCAAGGUCAUUGCCGUGAUUGGUUUUAUUAUUCUUGGAAUCAUUCUUAACUGCGGAGGGGGCCCGAAGGGUGGAUAUAUCGGUGGACAGUAUUGGCACAGUCCUGGUGCCUUCAACCACGGCUUCAAAGGUCUUUGCAGUGUGUUCGUCAAUGCCGCUUUUGCCUUUGCCGGUACCGAGCUGGUUGGUUUGGCUGCCGCCGAGACUGCGAACCCUCGAAAGUCCCUCCCGACCGCUGUGAAGCAGGUCUUCUGGCGUAUUACUCUCUUCUACAUCGUCUCGCUUACUCUGAUCGGUCUCCUCGUGCCAUACGACAACGACCAACUGUUGAGCGCCGCCUCCAGUGCCGAUGCCAAAGCAUCCCCGUUCGUGAUCGCCAUCAAGAAUGCCGGUAUUUCGGUGCUUGAUUCAAUCAUGAAUGUCGUGAUCAUGAUAGCGGUGCUGUCCGUUGGUAACUCGUCUGUUUAUGGGUCCUCGAGAACUCUCGCGGCACUCGCCGAACAAGGACAAGCCCCCCGGUUCCUGGCCUAUAUUGAUCGCAAGGGCCGUCCGCUCUGGGCCAUCCUGAUUGCCUCGGCCCUUGGCCUGCUCGGUUUCUUGGCAGCCUCGGACAAGCAAGAAGUUGCAUUCGAGUGGAUGAUGGCCAUCUCGGGAUUGUCGUCCAUCUUUACCUGGGGCUCGGUCUGCUUGUCCCACAUCCGCUUCCGUCGUGCCUGGAAGGUGCAGGGCCACAGCCUGAACGAGAUGGCGUUUACCUCGCAACCAGGCCUGGUGGGAUCUUGGAUCGGGUUCGGUUUCAACUGCCUCGUGCUUGUGGCUCAAUUCUGGGUCGGCUUUUCCCCCAUCGGGUACGCCGAUAUGACGUCGGGCGAGCUGGUCGAGAACUUUUUCUCCGUGUAUCUGGCCGCACCGGUCGUGUUGGCCUUUUACAUCCCCUAUAAACUCUAUUUCAAGACGCCUUUCCUGCGCGCCAAGGACAUGGAUUUGCAGACCGGACGUCGGGACCUCGAUAUUCAAUAUCUGAUCGAGCAAGAGCGGGCGGAGCAGGCGGAGUGGCCGGCGUGGAAGAAGCUCUACAAGUUUUUCUGUUAGCGCAGGCCAGGCGCCGACGGGGCUCGGAGCAAUUGGGCUCUGGUGCGGACGGGCAAGAGG